AUGAUAGCGGCAACCGCUGCUCCUAUUCCUAUUCCGGCCUUGGCCCCUGUCGAAAGCCCGGUGGACGAUAAAGCUGAGGAUAUGUCCUCUGGGGAUGUGAUGCUAUCGCUGCUUGGAGUGGCGAAUGCAGUGCUUGGGCUACUUCCGGGUGCAGUGACCGUCACCGUGGGCAAGACGGAGGCGCUGGUGCUCAGACUUGAGGUUGAGGUUGAGGCGCUUUGGGUUGCUGCUGCAGACGAACUGGUUGAUGAGGUACCAGGGUUGGUCGAUACGAUAGCACCCAAUCCGUUAAGAACAAUGCCACGGUUCGCCGAACAGCAAGCCGGAUCAUUGUCGCAGCAAUAG